ACAUAUACUUCAAAGAAUAAUUCAACUACGUAUACUUAAUUUAAGGCUAAAAAUUAAAUGGCUACAAGCAAUGCAGAGCUUGAUUAUGAGUUCCUACCAUAUCUUAGAGUUUACAAAAAUGGUCAUGUUGAGAGACUUUUGGGAACUGAUUCAAUUCCACCAGGUACUGAUUCUCAAACUGAAGUUACAUCAAAAGACAUUUCAAAUAUAAUCCCUGAUUCUGAAGUUUAUGUUCGUAUUUAUCUCCCAAAAAUUUCCAAUAACUCUGAAAACGAAAAAUUUCCACUUGUUAUUUAUUUCCAUGGUGGAGGAUUUUGUAUGUUCACUCCAUCUUCGUCACACUAUCAUAAUUACCUCAAUGCCCUCGUGUCCGAAUCGCGAGUUAUCGCGGUUUCCGUUCAUUAUAGAAGACCCCCUGAAUAUCCUGUUCCUAUUGCAUAUGAAGAUUCAUGGCAAGCACUACAAUGGGUUUUUUCCCAUUGUAAUGGCGACGGCCCCGAGCCGUGGCUGAAUGAACGCGCCAAUUUCACGCGUGUUUUCCUCUCUGGCGAUAGCGCGGGAGCUAACAUAGCGCAUAAUGUGGCUAUGGCUGCGGGAAGUGUUGAGCCGGGGCUUAUGGUUGAUAUUCUUGGUGUUGCUUUAGUCCACCCGUAUUUUUGGGGGUCAGAUCCAAUUGGGUCAGAGAGCUUGUACCCGGAUAAGAAGGUGCACUUGGAUCGAAUGUGGCCAUUCGCGUGUCCCUCGAGUCCGGAUAAUAAUGACCCGAGGAUUAACCCUGUGGCGGAAGGUGCACCAGGUUUAAUGACCCUAGGAUGUCGGAGAGUCUUAAUUUGUGUGGCGGAAAAAGAUAUUUUGAAGGAUAGAGGGUGGGCCUAUUAUCACGCAUUGGGCCGGAGCGGGUGGAUGGGUGUGGUUGAGAUCCGAGAAACACAACAGGAGGACCAUGUAUUUCAUUUGAAUGAUUUGAACUAUCAAAAGGCUCAAGAUUUGAUUAAGGAUUUGGCUCAUUUCUUCAACAGGGAAAUGCCUCAUUUUCUCUAGAUGUAUUAGGCUAUUUUUAUUGGAUCUACGAAUUAUAAUGUCUUUUAUCAUUUUUAUGUAAUAUUCUCUAGUUUAUGCUUGAACAAUUUGAAAAAUACUUUUGUAUUAUUUCAAGACAACCUUUCUUCUUCUU